UCGAAGUCACUAACUUCCGUGUGCUUCCAGGUUCACAUGGCGUCGUAACGCUACGGGUUUUGGAAUCGAAUUUUUGUGUUUUCUCCAUGCUCUAAGGCACACGGCCGUGUAUUGAAUAACACUCAGCCACAGUAAAUUUACCAUGUCAUCUGCCAAAUCUUUGGCUGAAGAAGGGGAAGUUGCACAGAUACAAGCCGUAGUCGAUUGCGGCUCUGGGCGGUUUUUGACGUUCACAUCCUGUAUUGGAGACUGCUGGAUAGUUCAUGUAACAGAUGGCAUUGAUGUAUGGAGAUCAAUCAUGGACAAGACCAGUCUUGACUCCCAUAGAGAGCUAGCAGAGGUGGCAAGCUAUGAAGCUUACUUUACACGGUUCAAGAAGGCAUUUACUGUGGGGGAUUUACAGAUCACAAAACAAGCUCAUAAAGUUAGCCUGGAUGUAGGGACAGGAUCAAUAGCAUUGAGGUAUGAUCUGUAUGAAGCUACAGCCAGUGAGAGGAAAUCAGAUCUAAAGAGUGUCCUCUUUUGGUUAGCAGAAACAGUAAUUGGAGUGACCAAUAAACUUACAAAAUGUGAAGAGGAACUUAAUUUAGUGAAGGGACAAAAAGGAGCAAGUCUAGUUGCCACUGCCCUACCAGAUAUUGAUUCUAAAAAGAGGUCGGGACAGGUCAGAGUGCAAAAGCAGCAAGGUCAUAGCAUAGUCAACCCAAGCAGUAAAAAACGGAAAGCUGCCAAAGGGGUUCAAUUUGACUGAGGUUGGUAUUCAUCACUGAUGCGGUGAAACAAAUGAACAAUUUGUGAGGCAAAUGUUAUGAAAUGAUUGUGGGCAACUUAAUCAAGCUUGAAGGACUUGCUCACUGCAAAGUUACUUUACAACAUUUUUUGGUUUGUAAAUGCAAAUGUAAAAGUGUUACUUUUCAUAAAAAUUGAGGUAAGCAUGUAGUAAACAUUUUCACCAAAUAUCAGAGUUCCAUAAGAUUAGCAUGGCCUCACUUCAUCAUCAAUAGUACAAUUGUACACUACGAAGUAAAUGAAAGCUUUGGAUUUAUUUUAUGUUUGUAGUAUAUGUAUUGAAUUAUUCACGAGAUUCAGACACUUCUGACAUCGUGUAUGUGGUUUAAGUUGUCAGUCCACACCAGCAGUGUUUCAUUUUGGGAUUUCCAGUGAUUUAUUAAAGCUUAUUAUACAUAAAAAUCAUACGAAGGGUUAAAACUACAGUAUACAAUCCAACAUUAUGUUUUGUUUUGGUAUUUACACUGUAUAUUUAUUGUCCGGAAAAAUUCUAAGGUUUAUAAUUAGCACUGAUAUUUUGAUUAAAACAUUUUAAAACCUUGCACUUAAAA